GGAUCGCCCGCGAUCUGAGGGCAUCGGACUUCUGAGGACCCCGAGGGGAGCAGAGGCUAGGGAAGGUGGUCAGGGAGAGUGUGUUCGAAGAAGUACCCCUGAGCUGAACCUUGAAGAACACAGGAUUUCCCCAGGGGCGAGCCUGAGUGUGUGAGAGAGCAGGACAGAUCCGGGCAAAGGGAACCCUCGGGCAGAGACCUGGAGGCUGUACCUGCAGAGCAGCUCAAGGAGACAGGCUGACUGGACGCACAUCCUGUCCCCGACCAGAGGAGCAAGACGGGGGCCUUGAGUCACAGUGGCCUGGAGUCGGACUCGGGCUCAGCUGCAGAGGCUACCGGUGGCUGUGGAGAGCUCCAGCCUGCCUGGGCUGCGCUAACGGCUAGCCCGCCCGCUGGCCCGCCCUCAGAGGCACCGAGCACCGCCUGGCUUCUCUCCAGUGGCAAACCCAGAGCUGAAGCGCUGCAGCAUGGCGCGUGGCUGCCUCCAGGGCGUCAAGUACCUCAUGUUCGCCUUCAACCUGCUCUUCUGGCUGGGAGGCUGCGGCAUCCUGGGUGUUGGCAUCUGGCUGGCUGCCACGCAGGGUAACUUCGCCACCCUGUCUGCCUCCUUCCCGUCCUUGUCGGCUGCCAACCUGCUCAUCGUCACCGGCACCUUCGUCAUGGCCAUCGGCUUCGUGGGCUGCAUUGGGGCCAUCAAGGAGAACAAGUGCCUGCUGCUCACUUUCUUCGUGAUGCUGCUGCUGGUGUUCCUGCUGGAGGCCACCAUCGCCAUCCUCUUCUUCGCCUACACAGACCAGAUCGACAGGUACGCCCAGCGAGACCUGAAGAAGGGCCUGCACUUGUAUGGCACCCCGGGCAACGUGGGCCUCACCAACGCCUGGAGCAUCAUCCAGACCGACUUCCGCUGCUGCGGGGUCUCCAACUACACUGACUGGUUCGAGGUCUACAAUGCCACGCGCGUGCCCGACUCCUGCUGCCUGGAGUUCAGCGAGAGCUGUGGGCUGCACGCGCCCGGCACCUGGUGGAAGGCGCCAUGUUACGAGACGGUGAAGAUGUGGCUCCAGGAGAACCUGCUGGCCGUGGGCGUCUUCGGGCUAUGCACGGCGCUGGUGCAGAUCUUGGGCCUGACCUUCGCUAUGACCAUGUACUGCCAGGUGGUGAAGGCCGACACCUACUGCGCAUAGGCUGCCUGCUGCCCGCCACCCCCGCUUCGCUGCCAAAGGACAUCGCCCACCAGGGAGACGACCACAUCCCCACCCACCUCUCCCACUGCAGAACUCCAUGCCAGUCUGGGCAUGGGGGAGGGAAGGAGCAGGCAGCUGAAGCCCCCAGAAGCCCUGGCCAGGCCUGUGAGCACCGUGCUGGAGGCAGUGGCCUAGUACUGGCCACGUGCCCGGGGCUGGGGGCGGGAGGGGCUUCUGGCGCUUUUUACAUCCAUGUAUUCUCCAGAGCAGUGUUUUUCCCCCACACCCCUGUCCAGGGCAGGGGGAUGGGGCCAC